CAUUUCUUCUCCAGUGCAAAAUGGCGACCCCGAGAAAAUUUCAGGAAAAGAUCGCGUUAUUACAACAAAAGGAAGCCGAGGGGAAGAUGGAAUAUGAUCAGAUUAUGAAUGAAGUCCAUGAGCUGACCAAAGGGCAAAAGACUUGCAGCCGGCCCAAAGCCCAGCAACACUUGCAGCCACAGCCCCCUCAUCAACAUCACCAACAGCACCCACAGCACCAACAGCACCCGCAGCAGCACCCCCAGCAGCAACAACAUGCAUCACGACCCACUCAAGGAGGCUCACUGCCCAACUUCUCAGUCAAUUUGCCG